CUCAGAACACUCGGCGUUAGUCGCGAGGGUGAGGUGUGAGAGUACUCGUCAAGAUGAAAACCUUCGCUGCCAUCCUGCUAGCUUCUGCUGGCAUCGGGCUCCUCUUCUCAAACGUGGGGGCCCAAGAUCAGUACCUGGAUGCCCUGAAUGGCCUUCAACAGAUCGUGACGUCCAUGGACGCUACUCUUCAAGAGCUGAAGGCUGACGUACAGGACAUCAAGGCAACACUACAGCAAGACGGCUGUACAGUUGGCAACGAUGUCCCCACUUCAGGCGGUAACACAGGCACAACCUCGGGAGGCGGCGACAUCACACCGUUCUCACCAACUGACUCCGGAGACUUCACCCACCAGGCGGCUCUAGAUGAGUACGACCGCUACAUCCUCCUGUGGAAGUUCGACAGUGACACCAUCACGUUCGAGGCGCAUGUGCAGACCACGGGAUUCAUCGGGCUCGGCUUCUCACCCAACGGCGGCAUGACCGGAUCUGACGUCAUCAUCGGAUGGGUGAAGGACGGACAGGCAUACCUGACGGACCGUUACGCGGAGGGAUACUUCCUGCCGCGGCUGGACGCCAGCCAGGACGUGGAGCUGUUGUCUGGGUACGAGAACGGCACGCACACCGUGCUCAGGUUCCGCAGGAGGCUCCGGCCGUGCGACACCACGGACGACAGGGAGAUCACGGAAGACACUGUGCGAAUCAUCUGGUCGUUCAACGAUAACGACCCGGCGGCUCUGGAGGGGCCUGACGGACCGCAGUACCACGGCAGUAACCGCGGCAGUAAGAGCAUCAUCCUGCUGCAGAAGACUCCACCAAACCUCGAUCUACAGGAGGGAAAUGUCCUCACCUUUGACAUGACGAACCCAAAUGUGAGAAUUCCAUCAAGGGAGACAACUUACUGGUGUUCAUCCUACCAGCUGCCGGUAUUGGACAAAAAACACCAUCUGGUGAAGGUUGAACCUAUCAUCCAGCCCGGUAACGAGGGAGUGGUGCACCACAUCUUAGUGUACCAGUGCACGGCAGGGUCCAACCCGCCCAGCGGCAGUCAGGAGUGUGCCAGCAUGCCGUGGGGACAGUGUCGGGCCGUCAUGGCCGCUUGGGCUGUGGGCGGAACGGGCUACACAUAUCCUGACCAUGUCGGCUUCUCCCUGGGCACGGCCGACGAUCCAAGCUACGUCGUCAUGCAGACCCACUACGACAAUCCCCAACAUCUGAGAGAUGUUUACGACAACUCUGGAAUGAGGUUCUACUACACACCCGACGUGCGGCAGUACGACGCUGGGAUUCUGGAGGUUGGGAUUCAGGUUAGCCAGAACCACGCCAUCCCGCCUAAGGCUGACACCUUCGACAGUACCGCCUUCUGUUACAAGGAGUGCCUCGACCCGUUCCUGCAGGAGCUGGGAGAACCCAUCCACGUGUUCGCCUCCAUGCUGCACGCCCAUCAGGUGGGAGUCGGGGUCCGGACCAAGCUGGUGAGGAACGGAGUCUUGGAGACGUACGUCGGGCGUGACGACAACUACGACUUCAACCUACAGGAAACCCGCUUCCUGUAUCCGGAGGUCACCAUCAAGGAGGGAGACGAACUGAUCACCGAAUGCAGCUACCGCACAACCGACAAGAACGGGUUUACUUUCGGAGGAGAGGCCUCAUCCGAAGAGAUGUGUCAGAACUACCUGCAGUACUACCCACGGUUCAAACUGGACCACUGCGACAGUCUGCCUUACAUCAUGCAUGGCCUGAACUAUUUCGGUAUCACGCAGAUCGACAACAAUCUGCACGUAGUGAAACCAGACAGCCUGGCGGGGAUGAACAUCGGCACGGUCAUGAACCAGCACCCCUGGACCACGGAGGAAGCGGAGAGGCUUGAUCAGCACAUUCGUAACGGUCCAGUCGUGGUGAGGUGCAAGGGACUGCCUGGAUACACCAACCUGGCUGGCAUCACCGGGCAGCGGUUUGACCCUCUCCCUGAGCCGAUUGUCCUGAUGCCUAACUCUACCGCCAUUCCAGGCUGCUGUGUGAGAGUACUCGUCAAGAUGAAAACCUUCGCUGCCUUCCUGCUAGCUUCUGCUGGCAUCGGUCUCCUCUUUUCAAACGUGCGGGCCCAAGAUCAGUACCUGGAUGCCAUUAGUGGCCUUCAACAGAUCGUGAUCGCUACUCUUGAAGAGCUGAAGGCUGACGUACAGGACAUCAAGGCAACACUACAGCAGAGUGGCUGUACAGUUGGCAACGAUGUCCCGACUUCAGGCGGUAACACAGGCACAACCUCGGGAGGCGGCGACAUUACACCGUUCGCACCGUCUGACUCCGGAGACUUCACCCACCAGGCGGCUCUAGAUGAGUACGACCGCUACAUCCUCCUGUGGAAGUUCGACAGUGACACCAUCACGUUCGAGGCGCAUGUGCAGACCACGGGAUUCAUCGGGCUCGGCUUCUCACCCAACGGCGGCAUGACCGGAUCUGACGUCAUCAUCGGAUGGGUGAAGGACGGACAGGCAUACCUGACGGACCGUUACGCGGAGGGAUACUUCCUGCCGCGGCUGGACGCCAGCCAGGACGUGGAGCUGUUGUCUGGGUACGAGAACGGCACGCACACCGUGCUCAGGUUCCGCAGGAGGCUCCGGCCGUGCGACAGCACGGACGACAGGGAGAUCACGGAGGACACUAUGCGAAUCAUCUGGUCCUUCAACGAUAAUGACCCGGCGGCUCUGGAGGGGCCUGACGGACCGCAGUACCACGGUAGUAACCGCGGCAGUAAGAGCAUCAUCCUGCUGCAGAAGUCUCCACCAAACCUCGAUCUACAGGAGGGAAAUGUCCUCACCUUUGACAUGGCGAACCCACAUGUGAAAGUUCCGUCGAAGGACACUACUUACUGGUGUACAUCCUACCAGCUGCCGGUAUUGGACAAAAAACACCAUCUGGUGAAGGUCGAGCCGCUCAUCCAGCCCGGUAACGAGGGUGUGGUGCACCACAUCUUAGUGUACCAGUGCACGGCAGGGUCCAACCCGCCCAGCGGCAGUCAGGAGUGUGCCAGCAUGCCGUGGGGACAGUGUCGGGCCAUCAUGGCCGCCUGGGCUGUGGGCGGAACGGGCUACACAUAUCCUGACCAUGUCGGCUUCUCCCUGGGCACGGCCGACGAUCCAAGCUACGUCGUCAUGCAGACGCACUACGACAAUCCCCAACAUCUGAACGAUGUUUACGACAACUCUGGAAUGAGGUUCUACUACACACCCGACGUGCGGCAGUACGACGCUGGGAUUCUGGAGGUUGGGGUACAGGUUAGCCAGAACCACGCCAUCCCGCCUAAGGCUGACACCUUCGACAGCACCGCCUUCUGUUACAAGGAGUGCCUCGACCCGUUCCUGCAACAGCUGGGAGAACCCAUCCACGUGUUCGCCUCCAUGCUGCACGCCCAUCAGGUGGGAGUCGGGGUCCGGACCAAGCUGGUGAGGAACGGAGUCAUGGAGACGUACAUCGGCCGGGACGAGAACUACGACUUCAACCUGCAGGAAGCCCGCUUCCUGUAUCCGGAGAUCACCAUAAAGGAGGGAGACGAACUGAUCACCGAAUGCAGCUAUCGCACAACCGACAAGAACGGGUUUACUUUCGGAGGAGAGGGCUCAUCCGAAGAGAUGUGUCAGAACUACCUGCAGUACUACCCACGGUUCAAACUGGACCACUGCGACAGUCUGCCUUACAUCAUGCAUGGUCUGGACUUCUUCGGUAUUACGCAGAUCGAUAAUAAUCUGCACGUAGUGAAACCAGACAGCAUGGCGGGGAUGGACAUCGGCGUGGUCCUGAACCAGCACCCCUGGGCCGUGGAAGAAGCUGAGAGGUUUGACCAGCACGUUCGUAACGGUCCAGUCGUAGUGAAGUGUACGGGACGAUCUGGAUUCACCAACCUGGCUGGCAUCACCGGGCAGCUGUUUGACCCUCUCCCUGAUCCGAUUGUCCUGAUGCCUAACUCUACCGCCAUUCCAGGCUGCUGAGGACAAACACACGCAGAUUAUACUGUUGUCCACCAAUAAAGUACACACAAUGUCAAUGUGUGGAAAUCC